AUGUCUUCCGACGAUGCUCCAUCAGUCCCCCAACACAAACCUUCUACUACAAGCUUCGCCGAUGUGUUCAAAACGUUAGCCGUUGGCCGUCCGAAAUCGCACUCCCCUGUCUCGAUCCCAGAAAGUCACAGCGACUCCACCUCACAUAACCGAUUGGUUCUAGGAUUCGAAUCCAUGCAUCGUGGCAGCGUUGUGUCAAGUUCCUCGGACACUCCGAGCGGUCCGGACUUCGAAACCUCUUUGCGCAACUUGACGCAGAGGCAGAACCUCGCACAAGCUAUCGACGAAGCUGAAGCUUUAGCGAGAACACUGUCUUGGUUUACUCCGGAACAAUCUGUUGUACUGUGGGAUGCGGCAGAGUAUCUAUUGCACCAUGAAUCUUCCGUCGAUGCUCAGAAAGGCGGCGCGAAGUUGUUGGAGACGAUUGCCGCUCGUCAAGAUCUGACUGCCGCUGCCAGACGCUCGGUAUUUGAAUCGAUCGCCUGUCCAGCCGAACCAGAUGUUGUGGCUUCGAGAGUUCAGUCAUUGAUCUCCUUAUCAGAUCAUGGCAGGAAAUUAGAUUUUACUACAACAUCCAUCCUGCACAUCAUAUCGUCAUGGAUUGUUCCUCUCUAUGGAGUAAUUGCUGCGUCUCGGUCUAAGGCGAAAAAGGGAAAGGUCGUCAAGUCAAACGGUCUUACCGUCGAAGAAGCCGCCCUUGAGGACCUUUUCCAGUUUGCGGUGGACCUGGUUACUCUCCAGCGUAAACCACCUACUCAGGAGGAAGUCGAGCUUCUGCUUACCGAGACCUUUACUAUUUGCAGGAGGACUAGCGUAGCAAACGACAUCAAGAACUCGCUGUCUGUUUUUGAUGCUGUCAUUCUGUAUUCCGAUGUUCCUGACAACAGCUUUAUCUCACUCCUAGAAGUUCUCUGCAGCAUCCAUGCAUCGGUCAAAUCUCUUUCUGGGCCCACAUCCCGCGCAGUGCGCAGUCUCGCCAAAUCUCGACGACAAUCAGAGAUGGUCAGCAUACUUAAUAGCUUCCUGAGAGAAAGCUGUGACGCGGACUCCCCGCGGAACUUGAAUGUUAUCCGAGGAACUCUCUACGUCUUUUCGGACCUGGUGUGUGCAUACGGCCAAGGUGGCAUGCCUCAAAUUCCUUUCGGGAACGUCAUUGAUUCUCUUACCAUGGUUGCUAGGAAAAACGAUGGUCGAGUUGACGCUGAUGUUCUGGAUUUGUGCUUGAAUUCUCUCGAAGGGAAUUAUGCAAGCGUUGUUCUGGAAUCUGAAUGGUCGGGAUUUGUUGACCUUUUGAUUCUUUGCUCGCGAAGAGUUUUUCAGGAACAUGAAGACUCAGUCGCAUCACCAACAAGCCCUCAGCAAUCAUCCCAAAAGGGCACACACGAUGAUAUCAAGUCAAGUAUUCUUGCUGCCAUGAUCCGGAUCGCCUCCUUAAUCGAGUCUAUUUGGGAACAAAUGAACAAUGAACAGAAGCAGCAGGCUGUUCGCUUCUUAGCCAUCAGUUACAAGCAUAUUGAACCUUCCCAAUCCGAGCUGAUUCUCAACAUGGCCCGACAAAACCGCUCAUGUCACCCUGCUGAAAGCGAUGACUGGGUACACCAUUCUCGUCAAAUAAUUGAACGAUUUAUACAGCCUCGGAAGCAGUCUUCCGAUAUCCGGAUUCUAGCUUUGGAUACAUUGAAAGAAUCGCUUGUCGAAAAUGAACAUCUGGUAUUCUCCGAGGAAUAUGGCUUGUUGGACCUCCUUUUAGAGGACUUCUCAGCUGAGCAUGACCUUCUUUUCUUGGAGUCCCUAGUCUCUUUUCUCACAGAGCCUGCCAUACAUAUCAGCGAUGAUGCCAUAUUUAAGCGCUUGGUAGAAACUAUGAGCGCACCGAUGAAACAUGACCUCAUCAAAGAUGAACCACGCGAGAUGUCACCACGUACCGCAUCUUCACCACGUCGCACGUCCACGACAAGUGUCAUUGAACUAACCCUAGCCAACGUUUGUGCUGUUGGUCUUGUGAAGAUGAUGCUUCGAGCUUUGAACUCUUCCGCCACCAAAUCCGUCAUUAUCUACGAGUCCCUUUUGCAAAUCGCUCAAGCACCGGAUCGUCCGACCGAUGCUCGUCUUAGCGUCUUGAAGUUACUUUUUCGACUUAGAUGUGACUCCGCUGGGUCUGUAUCAGUGGUUUCAACUUCGGAGGGCGAUUUUUUGAUGAAUGUGUUAGGUCGGAACGUCGAUGUGGGCUCUAAAAUGCGGGGUCCUAGUGAAAGUCCUACAAAAGAAGCUCAACACGAGAAUAUUCCGCCUCUCCCCAGCUCCAAACUUCUGGGGAAAGACCUCCCGCCCUCUGUUCUUGGUAGAAAUACUCCAGGUAGAAGGUCGAUUUCUUCCCGCGGCUCGAAGCUCACGCCUCCUGUCUGGACCUACGCUUUGCCACAAGUUCUUCCCGAGCAGCCACCAGGGGAGUCUAGCCCCUUGGUAUAUGCUCAUGCGCAGGCAGAAGCACAGAGUCCCUCCAGCGAAGUGCCCCCGGCCCAGGUUGGGGUUCUUAAAGUCAAUAUGUGGUUGGAGGUUGUCAUUUUACUCCUUCAGCGGGAGACCGACUGGGAUGUGUACAGCUAUGUACUCACUCAUCUCGGUCCUCAACUUGCCAAUAAGGGGUUCUUCAAUAGCUCAACUCCUCAGAUCAAGCUCCUACGCAGCAUUCUAUGUGAUCAGGUCAAAAAUGAGACCUUCCAUGAGCCUCCUGGACUGACUGGACUGAAAAAGAGUGAUGUGGCGGCUUGUAUUUUCGAUGCGCUAUGUAUGCUUGUCAGCUACCAUGAACAUUUUGCUAAGAGUGAAGAGGACGACCUCGUGCGAGCUUUCAUGGUCGGUAUCAUUGGCUCUUGGGGCGCCACGUCUCGUGGGUGUAUCCAGGCACUCUCUCUUUGCUGUCAUGAAAUUCCUGCUUCGGUUACGAAGUCUUUAAUGAGCAUCCUCGACAGAAUGUCCAAGGUGAUCACCAUGUCAAAUCUAGCUGUUCAUAUUCUGGAAUUCUUGGCGCUUCUUGCACGGUUGCCUGAUGUCUACAUCAAUUUACGCGAAGAAGAGAUGCGCACUGUGUUUGGAAUUUGUAUUCGAUUCUUGCAAACAUCUCGAGAGCAACGGUAUAAAGGAGCUGAAUCGCCCACUGCACGUGGUCCCCAGCAACCUCAGUCGAGACUCAGUGCUGGCGCACGAGAAAUCGCCACAGGUAUCUCAGAAGCGGUUGACAAUACUUCGGCUGAAGCUAUGUCAGGUUAUAUCAUGACGCUAACGUAUCAUGUUAUGAUUUUCUGGUACAUCUCUUUGAAGCUUCAAGAUCGUGCAAACCACGUCAAUUGGAUUACCAGCCGACUGAUAUUCCAUGAUGAGCAAGGCAAGGAGGUGGUCGAGGAACAAAGCCAGGUUCUCAUCGACCUGAUGCAACGUGUGGCUUUCUCAGACUUGGGAGAAACAGUUCCGUUCGAAAAGUUCCCCCCAACACCCGAAGACGGCCCAGUAUCGAAGAAAUCCUGGGUAGUCGGCUUGAGCAUCGUGACUGUUGAGACUGCCGGCGUGUCUGGCCUAACUCAAAUCUCAAAGCGCCAAGCAUCUGGAACAACCUAUAUUGUGUAUCAGCAACGAACAGCUCCCGUAUUGCCACACCAGGUUCCUCCAACUGUAGAUGCCCAUCUACACUCUGAUGAUAUGCGGACGGCUGUUCUUCCCAGUCACAUAAUGCUUCAGAUGACAAUGUCAGCCUUCCCAACGCCAACAGUAAUGCAACCCAUUCCUGUUCCAGAAGAUGAUAUCACCAGGCGGGCGAUUGCCAGUUUUGAUCGGACCGACAUUGUUGAUGGACAUAGGAUUGGAGUUGUCUAUCUUGACAACGGCCAAACUAAGGAGGCCGAAAUUCUUGGCAACACUGGCGGUUCCCCUGACUACGAAUAUUUCUUGUCAGGCCUGGGAACUAAAGUAUCACUUCGCAAUCCUCAAUUCAACACUCAAGGUCUCUAUGCCGACACUGAUGGUGAGGCUACCAUUGCUUGGCGUGAUCGUGUCACGGAGAUAGUUUAUCACGUUGCAACGAUGAUGCCAACAGACCUAGAACACGACAUUCCAUGUGUCAACAAGAAACGAAACAUUGGCAAUAACUUCGUCACCAUUGUGUUCAACCGGUCUAACCUACCCUUUAAUUUCGACACAAUCCCAUCUGAAUUUAACGCUAUCAACAUCGUCAUCACGCCUUCCAGUCGCAUCGCUUACGAUGAAUCUGGCGCCGUCAAAGGGUGCACUGAUCCAGAGAAGCUUUAUUACAGCGUGCGAGUAAUGAGCAAGCCUGGCUUCCCCGAUGUCUCGGCUGCCGCGACUCCAAAGCUCAUCUCGGGCAAAAAUUUGGCAGCUUUCGUUCGUAUUCUGGCUCUUAGUGCCUCGUCCUUCUCACUUGUCUGGAGCAACAAGGGGGGUGAAUAUGCCUCAUCCUGGCGCACUCGUCUCCGUGAGAUCAAGAAGGUCCGUGAGCGCGCCUUGAACCAACAAGCCCAGGCAGCUGCGGCCGCAGAGGGCGCCUAUCCCGGCCAACGUCGCAACACCAAACCCAAUAUCUUCUCCGAGGAACCUCCCGCCCGCGCUGAGCCUGCUCGAACGGACUUUACCUCGGAAUGGAACACCGCUUCCGAGGGGAGUGUCCUUCAAAACCUGGAUUUCGCUCGCUGGAGCCGUUGA